AGCGAGGUGGGUAUCGGUAUGCUGGGUUGCGUGGUGAUUGACGAAUGAGAGGAACAAGCCGCCGCAGCUGCUGCAGCCCGUCUUUCCCUUUGACAUUGUGCCCAUUGCGUGACGCCCAUCAGUUUGCUGUACACACCUCGCAAACCAUGGCUCUCUCAUUCACAUCUCGCACUCUCCCGCAGUGCUCGGCGUGUCUGCGCAGCUCUGCCUGGGGCGGCGUGUUGGACACUGCUGCUCCUGCGUUCUCUCUGGGCUCGCGACAGCAUGUCCGCGGCAAGAAGAAGCAGGCCAAGCCGACAGGCAACAUUCCCGCCCGCCUGUUGAAGGACUUGCCAGGCUUUGGCAGAAAGGGAGCCAUUGUUCCCAUGGCGAGAGGUCAAUUGCGAAACAACUACUACCCCAAACGGAUCGCCGAAUAUGUUACCAUGCCCGAGCUCCGCACACUACGCGCUCAGAACGUGCCCAUCGAACGCGAUUACACCUUUGGCAAGAAGGAAGCCCCCUUCUCUGCCGCCGAUGGUCCGCUGUUGAUGCCGCUCCGCGAUGACCCCACGCCAGCGCCAGUCCGCAGAGCCCCCGAGGUCGAGAAAUUAACGAGUGAACGCAGCCUGGAACUUCUAGAGGUAUUUGUGCCUCACAGGAUGGACUUCUACAGACAACCGAUUGUUGAAGAGCCCAAGGCGGAAAAAGUGGAGGAAGCACCACCAAAGGAGGACAAUAAACAGAGGAGUGCGUCCAACGCUGCCGCAGACCUGUUGGCUGCGCGGACACAGAAACCAUUGAACAAGCCUCAGCCGAAGCUCACGGGAGCCAUCUAUGGUUCGGUAUCGCAACACGACAUACUCGUUGCUGUCAGAGCGAGCAUUGCUACCAACGACGAGGCAUCCCGUGUCAUUGUUACAGAACAAGAUAUCGAAUUCCUGAACGAGCCAGCCAGGACAGACAAGAGGAUCAAAGAAGUCGGAGACUUUACCAUCGAGAUUAAAGUCAAGGGCGAGGAGAACGGCAUUAAGCGGACGGUGAGAGUCGUUCCGCAAGAGGUGUGAGAGGGAUGUCGUGUCCCACCGCAGCCAUCUGCAUGGACACUGGCACAUAUGCCCGAGCCAGCCGCCGCAGUACAGCAAAGCACAGCAGAUCAACAGAACGUUGUUUCCAAGACCUGCCAACUUGGACGACCCAGCCCGCGGGAUUUCCCCGCGUCACUUGGCACACCAAAGCGCCGUCCGAAGGCUGAGUUGCAUGUCAGACCUGCAGGCGCUGAGCCUUGCUACCAAGUUAGAUGAGGGAGUCCACCACGUGCCACGCUUGAUGACGGAGACCGAGAAAGCCAUCCACCACACGAUGCCCCCGGGUGGGCAGCCGUCGACACCGAUAAUGCUGCCUGUAAGAUACGCUAUCUGAACCAUGUGGCACAGUCGCCACGUCAACUGUCGAAGGACUGUCUCACACACCACAAUAGUAUAAUGUAACCAGCCACGGCGGGGCAAGUCAUAAGAGGCGCACCAAAGCUUCUUCCUU